ACAGCCAUCUCUUCAUACAUCACAGUUGGGACACAGGAACCUUCCAGCCCUAGUGCCCAGUGCCAUGGGUACUGGCUCACUGGCAUGCCACACAGCAGUUUCCAGUAAAGUCCCUGCUUCGCCCUGGGCACUACUAAGAAGUUGGACAUGUAACUUACAUAAUCGGGAGCCAUGAUCCACUGUGUCUUCCUAGCCUGGAACACUGUCCUUCUUUCUGAAGUUCUCUCUCACUGUUCUCCAAAGCAAUCCUGCUCUCUCCCAUCUCUCGAGGAAACUUAACAUAAUCUCCAAAAUGAGUGCAGGCUUUCAAUCUCUUUCAUAGGAUAGAGGUUGUUGUCAAGAAAUAGCUACUGUUUUCUUCCAGCUCUGAUAAAGCUAGAGCAAGGAGAACUGCAAAGGGCCUGGCUACCUUGGGGAAAACUAUAAAGAAAACAAAAAUAUUUCAGACAUCAAGAUGGCAACAUACACACGUGGUCAACCCAACCCCUCUCUAGGAGAUAACAAACUUGGAUCAAUGGUCAUUGAAAUCAUAGAAAAAAAAUUUGAAUAUCUUAGAAAAGAAAAUACUUUAAAUAUACGUACGGCACUGCUCAUUGGAACAACAACUGGUCUCUCUGGAAUACUGGCAAACUUCCUUUUCAGACACUGCUUCAAGGUUAAACAUGAUGCUUUGAAGACAUAUGCAUCAUUGACUACACUUCCGGUUUUGUCUACCUUAAUUACUUAUAAGUUUCUUGUUACAGAUCCUUUAUAUUCAGGUAAUAUAAGCAUGGAAGAAUGUGCUCUGAGAAGUUCACUGGUUGGCAUAGUAUGUGGUGUUUUAUAUCCAACUGGUUUGGCUUUUUCUAAAAAUGGACGUCUGGCAGUCAAGUACCAUACUGUACCACUGCCACCAAAAGGAAGGGUUUUACAUCAUUGGAUGAUGCUUUCUCAAACAGAUAUAAAAGGAAUGUUGAUUCCUCUAGUCUUUCAGAUAGCCUUUGGAGUAUUUCUUGGUAUAAAACAUUAUGAAAUAUUUCAGAGUACGUUAGAGAAAACUGAACAUGAAGAUUAAUCAAAUAGUGAAUGGAUUUUUUAUGGUGAGGACUCGGGUAUUGCUGAAAGAGUUCAAAGUAACUCUGGACAAUUUGUUUCUAUUCUUUUGCCUAGUGUAUAGCAGGUUCUCAAUAAAUAUUCAGGAACUCAA